CGAGCGCAGCGGCCGCUUUGUGUGCCAGGUUGAGAGGGGGGGGCACGCCUGUGGCUGCCCGGCCCCCGGAACGCCGCAGCUCGGGGACCCCGCUCGCGGGCCUGCUUCUUCUUCCCACGCCCCCUCCGUCUCCGGAGCUCCCCUCCCCCUACUGGCCGUUAAACGUUCAGGGGUUCCCCUCCCCCCUCAACCCCUGACUUAGGGUUCUCUCUACUCUUAGGGAGAAAAAGAAAAAAACAUAAGAAGAAAGUUUUUCCUCUGCUCCCUCCCAACCCCGUUCUGCUUGAAAGGAAAGAUUAGAUAGGAGACUUUGCCUUUUUUAGCUGCCAAGGGUGGGAGAGUGGUUUCUCUGGGGUGUGGGGGCAGGAGCAUACAGAGUUUCGGAGCUUGGCAGGGGACGGAGCCCACCAUUGUAGAGCCAGCGCCGGGAGGCAUUUUGCACGUGGAGAGUCGGAAGAGACACUAGAAGUCACCCAAAGCAGCCGCCCCUGUCCAGCUUCUGACGAGUGGGUUUCUGUAAGCCUCCACUCAGAGAUGUGAUGAUCACUGCAAUUAAAAAACAGAACAUUCUUCACAAUCCAAAAGAAAAAGCAGACUCGUUCGGGAUGUUUGACGGCUAUGAUAGCUGCAGUGAGGACACAAGUAGCAGCUCCAGCUCUGAGGAGAGUGAAGAAGAAGUUGCUCCUUUACCUUCUAAUCUCCCAAUCAUCAAAAAUAAUGGACAGGUCUACACAUACCCAGAUGGUAAAUCUGGCAUGGCUACCUGUGAGAUGUGUGGGAUGGUCGGUGUGCGAGAUGCUUUUUACUCUAAAACAAAACGUUUCUGCAGUGUUUCCUGUUCAAGAAGUUACUCGUCAAACUCUAAGAAGGCAAGCAUUCUGGCCAGACUUCAGGUAACGGGUAAGCCUCCAACAAAGAAAGCAAAAGUCCUUCAAAAACAACCUUUAGUUGCUAAAUUAGCUGCCUAUGCUCAGUAUCAAGCUACCUUGCAAAAUCAAGCAAAGACAAAAGCAGGCAAUUCUGCAAUCUCUGUGGAAGGCUUCAGCUGGGGUAACUACAUCAACAGCAAUAGCUUCAUAGCAGCUCCAGUGGCCUGUUUUAAGCAUGCACCUAUGGGGACCUGCUGGGGUGAUAUCUCGGAAAAUGUAAGGAUAGAAGUUCCCAAUACAGACUGCAGUCUACCUACCAAAGUCUUCUGGAUUGCUGGAAUUAUAAAAUUAGCAGGUUAUAAUGCCCUUUUGAGAUAUGAAGGAUUUGAAAAUGAUUCUUCUCUGGACUUCUGGUGCAAUAUAUGUGGGUCUGAUAUUCAUCCAGUUGGUUGGUGUGCAGCUAGUGGAAAACCUCUCGUUCCUCCUAGAACUGUUCAACAUAAAUAUACAAACUGGAAAGCUUUUCUAGUAAAAAGACUUACUGGUGCCAAAACACUUCCUCCUGAUUUCUCACAAAAGGUUUCUGAGAGUAUGCAAUAUCCUUUCAAACCUUGCAUGAGAGUAGAAGUAGUUGACAAGAGGCAUUUAUGUCGAACAAGAGUAGCAGUGGUGGAAAGUGUAAUUGGAGGACGACUACGGCUGGUGUAUGAAGAGAGUGAAGAUAGAACAGACGACUUCUGGUGCCACAUGCACAGCCCCUUAAUCCACCAUAUUGGAUGGUCAAGAAGCAUAGGCCAUCGAUUCAAGAGAUCAGAUAUUACGAAGAAACAGGACGGACAUUUCGAUACACCUCCACACUUAUUUGCUAAGGUAAAAGAAGUAGACCAGAGUGGAGAAUGGUUCAAAGAAGGAAUGAAAUUGGAAGCUAUAGACCCAUUAAAUCUUUCUACAAUAUGUGUUGCAACCAUUAGAAAGGUGCUGGCUGAUGGAUUCCUGAUGAUUGGGAUUGAUGGCUCAGAAGCAGCAGAUGGAUCUGACUGGUUCUGUUAUCAUGCAACCUCUCCUUCUAUUUUCCCUGUGGGUUUCUGUGAAAUUAACAUGAUAGAACUGACUCCACCCAGAGGUUACACAAAACUUCCUUUUAAAUGGUUUGACUACCUCAGGGAAACCGGCUCCAUUGCAGCACCAGUAAAACUAUUUAAUAAGGAUGUUCCAAACCACGGAUUCCGUGUAGGAAUGAAAUUAGAAGCUGUAGAUCUCAUGGAGCCACGGUUAAUAUGUGUAGCCACAGUUACUCGAAUUAUUCACCGGCUCUUGAGGAUACAUUUUGAUGGUUGGGAAGAAGAGUAUGAUCAGUGGGUAGACUGUGAGUCCCCUGACCUCUAUCCUGUAGGGUGGUGUCAGUUAACUGGAUAUCAACUACAGCCUCCAGCAUCACAGUCAUCAAGAGAAAGCCAGUCAGCUUCUUCAAAACAGAAGAAAAAGGCUAAGUCUCAGCAAUACAAAGGACAUAAGAAAAAGAGGAAGAUGCCAGUUGGGAAGAAGCCUGUCAGUUUGUCGAGCCUGCCCAUGACAGGCGGGGUGCGGAGGAGCUUCUCUGGGGACGAAGAGUUGACUCCUCCUCCAUAUCGAACCCUGCCAGCACAGACAGCCCUGGAGGCCUUCCCACCUCCCAGCACUAGCCGAGAGUUCAGGCCCAGCCUCAAAACAGUGACCACGUCACAGCUGAAGGAGGAGCUGCUGGAUGGGGAGGACUAUAGCUUCCUCCACGGAGCAUCUGACCAGGAGAGCAAUGGCUCUGCCACCGUCUACAUCAAACAAGAGCCAUGAGGCGACUCAGAAACCAUGGGCAGACGGGGCUGUUUACAGGACUGAUUUGGAAUCAGCCAGCUGUAUAGCAGGCUAUUCCACUGGGACAUUUUGCUAAACACAGAAAAAAGUUCAGUUUCAGAUUUUUCAGGUGGGGGGGAAACUAUUUUGGU